GAAUCACGUGUGGAGAAACCGUCGUUCGUCAUGUGUCGGCUGUAGCGAAGCCCCGUGCUAGGUUUUAUUAUUUGCCUCCAGUUGUCGCCGCACUUUUGUUUUGACAGCUGCCUGUUUUCUUUUUUUCUUUCUCGUAGCCCUUUACCGAAGAAUGAGCGAAAACGAUGACAUCGAUGUCGACAGCGAUGCAGACAAGCGAGCCCAUCACAACGCGCUGGAGCGCAAACGCAGGGACCACAUUAAAGACAGCUUCCACGGCCUCCGGGACUCUGUGCCUGCAUUACAAGGGGAGAAGAGUUCUGUCAAACAGGCUUCCCGAGCACAGAUUCUAGACAAAGCCACCGAGUACAUCCAGUACAUGAGGCGAAAAAACCAUUCCCACCAGCAAGACAUCGAUGACUUAAAGAAGCAGAAUGCAGCGUUGGAGCAGCAGGUCCAUUUGCUUCUGCCAAUUGCAGUGCGCGCCCUGGAGAAGGCAAAGGGCAACACUCAGCUGCAGACCAACUCCUCCUCCGACAGCAGCUUGUACACGAACCGCAAAGGCAGCGCGGUGUCGGCCUUCGACGGCGGCUCCGACUCCAGCUCCGAGUCGGAGCCGGACGAGCCGCCCAACAGAAAGAAGCUGCGCGCGGAGCCCAGCUAGACCUCGGCUCUCCGAACAGACUCUCUAUGCCCACCAGCCCCCCCCCCCCCCCCGCCACCCGCCACCCCGAAUCCUCUCCGCAACCUGUCCCGCACUAAGUCCUGCCUUCUCACAGCCAGUCCACGGGACGAGGUGGGGGCUGUGUGAGAGGGAUGCUAGUAUGUGUGAGACAAACAAACAAACAAACAAACAAACAACAACAAAAAAGAUGCUUCUACCUUCUUUUUUUUCCUCCUGGCGAGCAACCAGUCACUCCAUCCGUGGACUUUUAGGACCCCCCCAACGUGAGGCAGCUGUGACUUUUGUUUUUUUUUGGUUUUCUAUCCUGAUGAAAUUACCUUUCCCAAUCAAAUGGGAAGACGACGAGGUAUUAAACAGAAAUAUGUGUUUCUCCUCUGGAAGUUCUGGACAACCUCUGCAAACCUGUUGCAGUUGUGAGACUUUUUGAUCUUCGACAAAGUGGUGAUAAGGGUUAGUUUACCUUUUUAAAUAUUCCUACUUUUCCAAAAAAACAAACAAACAGAA